CGCGUGCGACAGAGACUGCAAAGUAGGUUCAACCUCUUCGUCUAAUCCGAACAUUGCGUCUCGUGCUUCUUCGCUUCGCGUUACCAUGGAGCCACGUGUAAACUUGGUCUACCAAGCACACAAUGUCUCUUGCCCACCAACAAAUCCCUUCCCACUUCGAUUUUCGGCCGUGUAAAGCGUACAACCGUCACUUACCACCGACUCACGCCCCAAAUUAUCAGUCUUCUCUUUUCUUAACGAGUGCAACAUGUCGUUCUUCGUGGACAUAAUGAGCGAGGACUCGUUCUACGAGAAUCUAACAUUGGGAAUCCUAAAGCAUCUAGAAGCCAAUCCUUGUAUAAAGAACGUACAACUUGAGAGACGAAAUGCCUGUGAUAGGUCGGUGCUGUUAGCGUGGGAGCAAAAGCACUGCUGCCUAUUGACAGAGGAGUUAAGGAACUUUUAUGGGUCGACCGAUGGAUUUCUGCUUACGUGGAAUCUCGAAAUAGCAGGUGAGGAGUUUCCAAUCGGCCGAAUGGAGAUAAAGGAGCUAUCCAAUCUAAAACGUCAUAGCAAUGUCAAGGGGAACAGCUGCUGCUGCACCAGCACUAACACCAGCGCCAGCACCAGCUACAGCAGCAGCAAUAGCAGCAGCAGCAACAAUAACAACAAAAACGAUAACGAAAAUGGCACAUAUCUCCAACAGACGAGCAACGAGUCGAAAUUACCGGUCAUCCAGCCCAGCUUUACUGAUUCUCGCUGUAAGCUUUUCGAGCUCAGUGAAUGCGCGGAUUGCCGUGUUUUCUUGACCUACCAACUCCAACCCGAUCAGGACGAGCCCUCGGUCUGGCUGUAUAAUACUACAACCAAUCAGUGGUACCGGUUGGCUGACAAUUUCAUCAAGUACUUUCGCAUAAUGCUGGUGCACCUGGGUCUGCCACUCUGGCAAAUGUGUGCAGUCGGACUACAAUUGCCCAUUUGGCUCGAGCAGGUCUACUUGCUGGUUGGUCCGCAUCUGCUCGAGUCAACGCUCCCCUCGGACCAGACGUCGAAUCCCUACGAACCCCUCCCGACCAACCUCAUCGACCCAGCCGUGUUCCGCGUCAAGGAGCAGCACCAGCACAACGGUGCCAAGCAAAAGACCGGCGGCGGCGCUGGCGGCUCGACUGCGGCGUCAUCGUCCGCCUCGUACAACGCCAGGAAGAAGUCUUCGUCCCACUGUUGAUGCACGCCGACGAGGUCCUUGGCCUAAUUGGCAAGAGCCAGCUUUUGGCUACAGAGGCGCUCUCCUCUGUCCC